AUGGGGAGAGUCUGCCUGGACUUCCAGAAGGUUCACGCCGAGGACUUCUCCCCAUUCUUACAGUGCCAGAAGUGCCUCAACUUCGGGCACGUGAAAAAACACUGCCGGACUGAAGCCACACGGUGCUCUCAUUACGCAUCAGACAACCACCUACAAGACCAAUGCCCAACCAAGGACACUCUGCACCCUCCCAAGUGCUACAACUGUACCCAACACUAUCAAAUUCAACAAUAG